AUGGUAUUAACCACAAUGUUGCGAUCAUCCUCCAUCACGUUCGGUCUCGUCUCUCAUCGUCAUCUCAGUCUAAGUGCACUACGGGCAGUCAACGUACCGAUCAGUCGUUUUGAACGUGAUCACUAUUUGCCUUAUGAUAAACUUGAGAAGAACAUCGAAGUUAUUCGUAAAAGAUUGAACCGUCCAUUAACGUUGUCCGAAAAGAUCUUGUACGGACAUCUGGAUGAUCCACAAGGUCAGGAUAUCAAACGUGGCACAAGUUAUUUGCGCUUAAGACCCGAUCGAGUUGCGAUGCAAGAUGCUACGGCCCAGAUGGCUAUGUUACAAUUCAUAUCAUCUGGUCUACCACGAGUGGCUGUUCCAUCGACAAUUCAUUGCGAUCAUUUGAUUGAGGCACAAGUUGGUGGUGUUGAAGAUUUGGCGAGAGCGAAAGAUAUUAAUAGUGAGGUUUACAAUUUCCUCUCAUCUGCUGGUAACAAAUAUGGUGUUGGAUUUUGGAAGCCAGGAAGUGGUAUAAUCCAUCAAAUUAUUCUCGAGAAUUACGCAUUUCCCGGACUUUUGUUGAUCGGCACAGACAGUCAUACACCAAACGGAGGUGGUUUGGGUGGUAUCUGUAUUGGUGUCGGAGGUGCAGAUGCGGUUGAUGUUAUGGCGAAUAUACCGUGGGAAUUGAAAUGUCCGAAGGUGAUUGGUGUGAAGCUGCACGGUAAGUUGUCUGGUUGGACUGCAUGCAAGGAUGUUAUUCUGAAGGUGGCCGAUAUUUUGACGGUGAAAGGAGGAACUGGUGCCAUAGUGGAAUACUUUGGUCGGUUGCGAAGCGGAGUGGAUUCGUUAUCAGCGACAGGAAUGGGAACGAUCUGUAAUAUGGGUGCAGAGAUUGGUGCCACAACGUCAGUGUUUCCAUUCAACGAGAGUAUGGUCAGAUAUCUGAGGGCAACUGGACGUGAGGCGAUCGCCAGAGAAGCUCUUCAACACAAACAGUUGUUGAAUGCGGAUGCAGGAGCUGAGUACGAUCAGGUGAUCGAAAUCAAUUUGGACACAUUAUCGCCAUACGUAAACGGACCGUUCACGCCGGAUCUUGCCUCUCCCAUCGAUAAAUUGGGUGAGAAUGCGAAGAGAAGUGGAUGGCCUUUAGAGGUGAAAGUUGGUCUGAUUGGAUCGUGUACGAACAGUUCAUAUGAGGAUAUGACUCGUGCGGCGAGCGUCGCUGAACAGGCAUUGGCGAAAGGAAUGAAAUCGAAAGCAAAAUUCACGGUAACACCUGGUAGUGAACAGAUCAGGGCAACGAUCGAACGUGACGGUAUCGCGAAAACGCUUCGAGAUUUCGGUGGUGUAGUACUUGCAAAUGCAUGUGGUCCUUGUAUUGGUCAGUGGGACAGAAAGGAUGUCAAAAAGGGAGAAAAGAAUACGAUCGUGACAUCGUACAAUCGUAAUUUCACCGGUCGAAAUGACGCAAAUCCGGCAACUCAUGGAUUUGUAGCUUCGCCUGAAAUGGUCACCGCUCUAGCGUUAGCUGGAACUCUGGACUUCGAUCCUCGAAGAGACUUCCUCACCGCACCUGAUGGUACCAAAUUCAAACUGGAACCACCAACUGGUGUAGAGCUGCCAUCAAGGGGCUACGACCCAGGCGAGGAUACGUAUCAAGCACCCUCCGGAAGUGGUGACGUUGUGGUCAGUGAAGAAAGUCAACGUCUGCAAUUAUUGGAGCCUUUCGACAAAUGGGAUGGGCAUGAUUUGAUCGAUCUUACGGUUCUUAUCAAGGUGAAAGGAAAGUGUACAACGGAUCAUAUAAGUGCAGCAGGUCCUUGGCUCAAGUAUCGUGGUCAUUUGGACAAUAUCUCAAAUAAUCUCUUCUUGACUGCAGUGAAUGCAGAGAAUGGUGAAAUGAAUAAGAUUCGAAAUCAAGUAACGAGAGAAUUCGGACCUGUGGCCGAUACAGCUCGUUACUACAAGAGUAAGGGAAUAUCGUGGGUAGCAAUUGGUGAUGACAACUAUGGAGAGGGUUCAUCUCGCGAACAUGCUGCGCUUGAGCCGAGACAUCUGGGUGGACGUGCGAUCAUCGUGAAAAGCUUUGCUCGCAUUCAUGAGACGAAUUUAAAAAAGCAGGGAAUGCUUCCACUGACGUUCGCAAAUCCAUCAGAUUACGAUAAAAUUCAACCGGAUGAUAAAAUUUCACUGAUUGGAUUGUCACUUCUAUCACCCGGAAAGGCAGUAAAAUGUGAGUUGAAACACUCGAAUGGAACGACUGAAGAGAUCUGGUUGAAUCAUACGUUCAAUGAACAGCAAAUCGAAUGGUUCAAAGCUGGAUCUGCUCUGAAUCGCAUGAAAGAAGUGUUCCGUUCAAAGCGAGCAUAG